GACAGGAGACACUUCGAAAAUACGAAAUUAUAAAAUAACCUAUUUUGGUUAAAAUAUAAUAAAUAAAUAGUUUUAUUCUAUAAAAUGCGAUUAACAUUGAAACUAUUAGGCAACCAUCAUCCAUCUUUCAUAGCUCGUACAGUAUUCGUUAAAAACAACGAUGUAGACAGCGCUUGCAGGCUCCUGAACAGAAUUUUGGGUAAAGAGGGAAUCCUGGAGCAAUACAGGCUUACAAGAUAUUAUGAGAAACCAUUUCAGGUAAGGCGAAGAGUGAACCAUGAAAGGUGUAAAGCCUUAUACAACGAGGACAUGGCGAGGAAAAUCGAGUUUGUGCUACGAAAGAACAGACAUGAACCAUAUCCAGGAUGUCAUUAACUAUUUAUAUUAGUUCUUAGCUGUAGAUAAAACAAAAUGUUAACAAUAAACCAUUAAUUUAAUACA